CCAAUCAAUUGCCACCAGGGGCGGGGAGUGUCCUGUCCAUCAGGUCGGCUCUGUAAUGAUUUGAAUAGGGAGGGAGGGGGAGAAUCCAAUCCGGUUUGAGCUAGUUUUUGUUCCAAUGGAACAUUAUCGUCUCGCUUCGCUGUAAUAGACCUUAGUUAGAAUCCUAAACAGUAUUUCCUACUCUAUCUUCGGCUGUAUCUAAAUACAUUUCGCCGCUUUUUCCCGCUCCAAACCACAACAAAUCAACCAUGCCGAAAAGGAGGAUGAAAAAUGAUGAAGCUGAAGCCGGUGAUUCGGCCAGGAGGACGUCGUCAAGACUAAAGGACAGAGCUGCCCCAGCACCCGUUGUAACAGCAGAGCCCAAGCAAAAGAUAAAGAAGGCCCCCGCCAAGCCCAAAAAGGCCAAGGAGGUGGAGAAGCCCAAGCCAGAGGAGGAAGCAGAGGCCCCCGCGGAAAAUGGCGAGGCCAAGGAUGAGGCUCCAUCUACAGACGAGGACAAAAAGAAGGAAGAUGCAGAGUAGCGGUUCGCCGUCACCGGACUUGUUUGACCCAGCGCUCCCUGUUCCUCCUUUUAUUUCUUUUCUUGUACAAUUCAGGGGAAUAUUUUUACCAACUAUUUUCUAAAUACUGUUUUUUUUAGUAGUGUGAUUUGUAGAAACGGGUGGGAAGGGGGGGAGGGGAGAGACACAAGCUUUUCAGUUGUUUUUUUUAGAUGACGAGAAUAUAAGUUUCAAGAUCAACAUCCACAAAUUGGACGCCGUGGGAUGACUUGUACAAAUAAUUUGACACCAUUGGUUUUCUUUGGGUGGGAUGGGAUGGGGGGUUAGUUGUGUGGGGCAAGUUACCGUCUGAAAAACGUAUAUAAUUUCCAGGUUGAGCUUAAUUGUUAACUCGGGAGCGCUUACCUGAGUGGAUAACAUUCCAUUAGAUGCUUUUUUUAAUGGUCAGUAUACUGUAAGUAUCGAGGGCAGUAGGGCUGAUACUCACAGCAGGGCAACACGCUUUGUGUCAUAUUGUUUUAUGAGGAGAAAAUACAGUGUUUUAGGGCGUUUUUAAGCUUUUUAUCCCUAUUCCUUAUCUCUUGUACACGUGCAGUUUUCUUAACCCAUCCGUACAAUGGACCCCCACCCCACCCCUCCACCCCAAUAAAACCCUUACUUUUACCGAGGACUUCUCAGAGUAGUUAAGCUAAUGAGGUACAUGCUCAUGGCCAAUAAUGGCUUUGUUAAUGCCGAGAAACAAAAGUACACUCUUGAGCGGUUUAAUGCAUACCAGCACUAGCGAUAUUAAUGUGGGUUUUUAGGUAUCUGUAUCAUGGAUAUGCGAACGUUUUCUUUAAUUUCUUGUUUAUAGAUGUAUCUUCUGUGUGAUUGUUAUAAAUAAACAAAAAAAAUGUU